AUGUCCCAGGCCGGGCAGGAGUCCGAGGAGCCGCUGUGGAGUCCUUUUGUGGUCCUGGAGGGUCAUCUGAAGGAGUCUCUGGUGGUGGCCCUCAGCGAGUGCCCCGAUGUAACCCAGCCGCUGCGGGAGCGGCUGCCCGCGGUCUCCUUCCCGCUGAUGCCUCGGCAGGAGCCGGUGCCGGAGCAGCGCUGGCUCGUCCCGGUUGCUGUCGGUGCCACUUGUGAGAGUGCUGUGGGUGAAGAUGUGGAGAAUAGGUUCUGCGCCAGAAAUGGGAGUGUGAAGGAGUCCCUGGGUCCUCAGAACAGAUCAGCAACCAGGAAUAAACAGAAACAAACCCUCAAAGGAUUCCUGGCUCCAGUUAAAUGGAUCAGAUCCCAUCCUGUGCUCACACUGGUCGUGCUGAUUCUGCUCCUGCUCCUGGUCCUGUCUUUGGGUGUGUCCUUGGCUGUUGUGUCAGUAAGAAGCUAUGGAGAGAUUCCAGUUACACCAGUUACACCUCACAUUCCUCUGCUGCUGGCCUGUCCCCAUGACUGGGUUGGGCACCGCGGGAUCUGCUACUUCCUCUCGAGGGAUCAGCUCAGCUGGGAUCAGGCUCAGGCUCGGUGCUCUGAGCUCGGGGCCUCCCUGGCCGUGCUCCAGGAUUGGGAAAUGGAGUUCCUCUUCCCUCACAGUGCCAGGGUCGAUUAUUGGCUCGGGCUGCGCAGACGGGGCCGGGAGCUGCAGUGGGGGGACGGCAGCAGCUUCAACUCCUCGGUCGAGGUCCGGGGCAAUGCAGGCUGUGUGUACCUGGCUGAGAAUUACCUUGGGUGUGGGAUCUGCUCAAAUCCGAUACCCUAUGUCUGCAGCAGACCCCAAACUCACCUGUAACAGGGGAUGGACUGAGCACCUUCUCUGCGCUGGGCAGUCUCAGCUUUGCCCAGCAUGGGGAUGUCCUUCCUUGGCUGUACCGACUGCCUUGCACUGACCCUCAGGGUCACCUUAGUGCCUGCUCUCAGGGGAAUGAAUCUGUGAAAAGAGGAGAUGAUGUGGAAGCUGAUGUGUGCCUGCUUCUGCUGGGGCUGGGGGUUCCUUGCUUCUUCUGGAGCUAUUCCAGAACUCAAGUGCUUUCUCUUGCAUUUUGUGUUUAUACACUAACCCUAUAGAUAGAUAGGUUUAUAGAAAUGCAUAUGAUUAUAUAUGGAUAUAGAUGUAGAAGAGGUGCUUCCAUAGGAUUGUAACCUUGGUUGGGGUCAGAUGACAAUAAUGUCAAAGCAGGGAUUUGACCCCAAAGUUCCAUUUCCUUAAGGGUUGGACUCAAUCGUUGUGGGUCUUUCCCAGCUGCAGAGGAUUCAGUGAGAUGUCCUUGAUACCCUAACCAGUAUUUAUGGUGCCAAUGUUGCUGUUGUUUUUAUUUCCUGCAUUAUUUUGUUACUUUUGCAAUAAAUGCUUGUCAAGGCCUCUGUUGUCCCUGGUGUCCCCUUGGCACUGGCAGCUCUGUCCCUUCCCCUGCUCUCCCUGCCACGUUCCAUCCGGUCAGGAAAGUUAAUCCACAAGCACCAGAGGUUUGUGUCCAAAAAGAAGACAGAGGAGUCCUGUAACUUUAUUCAUGAAUAAAGGGAGAGAUCAUGGGCAUCUCCUAUGAGAUCUCUCAGAUUGCUAGAGGAUGCAGCCUCCUUUUUAUCCCAAUU